AUGUUUUUUUUUUUUUUUAUUUUAAAUAACGAUGGUGGAAUACGUGAUGAUGAAAAAGAUCAAUUAGAUUCAUUAUUAUCAUCAAUAUCAACAUUAUCAAAAUCAGGAGAAUUUAUUAUUUUUAAAUAUAUAUUAACUAGUGGAGAAGUUAAUUAUGAUUGGCCUUUUUAUCCCAAAGGAGAAGCAUCUAUUGUUAAAAAAAAAAUAAAAGAACUUCAAGCUAAUGCAACUCGAUCAACAAUUAAUAAAACAACAAAUGAUGUUCCAAUUGUAUCAUCGGUUAGUGAUCGAUCAAAUAUAAAAAAUACAAGUUCAAAUAUUGGAAUUGUUAAUUCUCUUUGUUCAACAAAAUCAAAAUUAAAUUCAUCAUUAUCUAAUCAAACAAAUCGUUCAACAACAAAUGAUGAACGAAAUCAAUUUGAAUAUGAAGAUUCAAUAACAUCGACACAAUAUACAUUUAAUGAUCAACGAAUUCAACAAUUAUCGGAUAUGUUGGAUAAAAUCUCAAAUGCAUUAUCACAAUCGGAUAAAUCAAAUGAUCAAUUAACAAAUGAAAAUGAUUUAAUUGAUGAAUAUGAUAUAGAUGAAUAUGAAAAAGAAUAUAAUCGUCUUGUACCAGAAUAUAAUUCUUUAAUAGAUUAUCUUAAUUCUGUUUCACAAAAAUAUUCAUCAUUUCAACAACAAUUUAAUGAAGAACAGACAAAUGAAAAAGCAUCAAAAAUAGUUGAAGAAUUUCUAAAAUGUGAAAAUAAUGAUGGAUAUUUAAAUAAACGACAACGUCUUUUAGAAUUACAUAUUAAAUUAAAUAAUAUACAAAAAAUAUUUGAAAAAACUUCUCCUUAUUCAAAUCAUUUCGAUAUAUCUGAAGAUGAUGAUGAUCAUCACGAUCAUUAA